AUGGCAACUCGAAAAUUUACUAAAACUGGUGAAAUUUUUAUAGAACCUAAGAAAGGUGUUGAAACACCCUCUUUUGUUUACGUCACAGCAUCAGCACAAACUAAUCUUGGAGCUGCCUCUUCUUCAGAUUGCAGAAUUUAUACUUUUGAUUCAGCGGCAUGCAAAUCAAUAUCAAACUUUCCAGCACACACAGGCGUUAUUACAGGACUAAAGUGGAAUGAUAAGUCCCAAAUUCUUGCUUCUUGCUCUUCAAAUACUGAUACUGAAGGAGGAGGUAACGAGUUCAAAUUAUGGGAUAUCAGAACAAACAAGAAUUUCGCUACAUUUUAUCCAGAUGCUGCUACUCCAGAAGCUACUUGCAUUGAAUGCUGCGAUAUUUCGUGUGAUGGAACAAUUUACGCAUGUGGUACAGACUUUGGUAUAUUCACAUGGGAUAUUAGAAGGCCAGAGUGCAAGCACAACCACGUAAAUAUCAUGUCAGACACAGUUGCCAGUAUACAAUUCCAUCCAACAGUAAAUUCUACAUUUGUCGCAGGCGAUGAUGACGGAAAUCUCCUUAUCUACGACUUAGACGGCGAAGUAGAUGAAGAUGGUGAUGAUACAUCUGUUAUUUUCGCUGAAAAUGACAGACAACCAAUUUUCCAGUGCGGAUUCUGCGGAACAAACAGAGUUUUCACACUCAGAAGAAUCCCAGCCGGUAUCGCUAUUUGGGAUUUCAUAGAGCAGCAGAGUUUGGCUGAUUUUGAUGAUAUUAAACCGAUGUUGAACGAUUGCUUCGGAUAUCCGAUCGACAUUCAUUGGGCUGGCGACUAUUUGAUGUUCGCAGGUGGUGAUAGUGAGGGUGGUGUUGCUCUCAGCCUUGUUUCUGAGAACGGAUGCACUCUUUUCCACAAAAUUGAAAAAGCUCACAACGACUGCGUCAUGGCAUCUCAUAUUAGUAUAUGCGAUGGUGGAGAUCUCAAGUUGUUCCUCGCUGGUGAUGGCGGACAAUUGUCUUUUUGGAAAGUUACUGAAGCAUAA